AUGUAUCAGAAGCGCGUUGCCCUGGGUCUCGCGGCCGCCCUCGCCGGCAUCGCCACGGCCGAGUCGUCAAACGUCACCCAGCUGACGGGCAAGACGUUUGAUGACUUCUUCUCCGCCAGCGAUGUCAAGCUUGUCUUGGCCGAGUUCUACGCUCCCUGGUGCGGACACUGCAAGGCCCUUGCCCCCGAAUACGAGAUUGCUGCCAACGACCUCAUCGAAAAGGGCAUUAAGCUGGUCAAGGUCGACUGCACCGAGGAGGCCGAUCUGUGCCAAAAGUAUGACGUUGAGGGCUAUCCCACCCUCAAGGUCUUCCAGGGCCUCGACAAUGUCCAGCCAUACGAGGGCCAGCGCAAGGCUGAUUCCAUAAAAUCCUACAUGAUCAAGCAGGCCCUGCCUCCCGUCUCCAUCUUGACCAAGGAAACCCACGAAGAUUUCAAGAAGGGCGACGAUGUCGUCUUGGUCGGCUACUUCGCAGCCGAUGACAAGACGUCCAACGAGACCUUCACCUCUGUCGCCUCGUCGCUCCGCAAUGUGUAUAUGUUCGGCGCCACAAACGACGCGGCGGUUGCCGAGGCCGAAGGCGUCAAGUUCCCCUCCAUUGUCCUCUAUAAGACCUUUGACGAGGGUAAGAACAAAUUUGAGAAAAAGUUUGACGUCGACGCCAUCACCUCUUUCGCCAAGACGGCCGCCACUCCCCUGGUUGGUGAGGUCGGCCCCGAGACCUACUCUGACUACAUGUCUGCCGGCGUUCCCCUGGCCUAUAUCUUCGCCGAGACCGAGGAGGAGCGUGACAGCCUUGGUCAAGCCUUCAAGCCCAUUGCUAAGAAGCACAAGGGCAAGAUCAACUUCGCCACCAUUGACGCCAAGCAAUUUGGUGCUCACGCCGGCAACCUAAACCUCAAGACGGACAAGUUCCCUUGCUUCGCCAUCCAAGACAUUACCAACAACAAGAAGUACCCCUUUGACCAGGAGAAGGAGCUUAGUCACGACAACGUUGCUAAGUUUGUCGAGGAGUACGUCGCCGGCAAGAUUGAGCCCAGCAUCAAGUCGGAACCCAUACCCACCAAGCAAGAAGGCGACGUUGUCGUCGUCGUCGCCCAUAACUACGAAAAGGUGGUUCUCGACGAGGACAAGGACGUCUUGAUCGAGUACUACGCUCCGUGGUGCGGCCACUGCAAGGCUCUGGCCCCCAAGUACGAGCAGCUCGCCUCCCACUACGCCUCAAGCGAGUUCAAGGACAAGGUUGUUAUUGCCAAGGUCGACGCCACCGCCAACGACGUCCCCGACGACAUUUCUGGCUUCCCUACCAUCAAGCUUUUCCCGGCUGGCGGCAAGACGGAUCCUGUUACCUACAGUGGCUCCCGAACCAUCGAGGAUCUCGCCGAGUUCAUCAAGGAGAACGGCAAGUACAAGGCUGGCAUCACCAUCAAGGAGGAGAGCACCGAGGAGGCUGCUCCUGCCGCUACCCCGAAGGACAAGGAAGAGAAGAAGGACAAGGAGGAGACGGAGGAAGACCACGACGAGCUGUAA